UGUUCUCUAGUUUCAGACAGGAUGGACUCCACUCCCGAGGAGUUUAUCCAAGGUGUCGGGAACGAGGUUUUCUAUUUCUUUCUCCUGGUUUCCUGUCUGCUCCUGUUGGUUGGAUCCUGGUUCUCCACCCAGGUGGUUGAACCCGUGGUUUCAUCAGUUAUCCUGGUAGAACGGACAGAGCUACGGCGUAUAGGGUCCAGAACUAGAGUAGGACAGGAGAGAAGGAACGAAUAUCUUCAGCUUUCUCAAGACCCGGAGUCAACCUCAAUCUCAUCCUCAACCACAACCACAGUCAUAACCUCAUCAUCAACCUCAUCCUCAACUUCGACCUCAUCCUCUGUACCUAGUCCACAAGAGGAAAACUUACAGAUUGCUCCUGAAACUGAGGAAGUGAAUGAGACCUUUGAACCCGAAGCUGUUCCCUCUGAUGUAGUUGAAGCUGAACCCAUUCCUCAGGAAGAGAGAGUAACAAUUCGUCUCAAGUUUCUAAACGAUACGCAUCGUGAAGUUGAGGCAAGUCUGUUAGAAAAUAUCGGAAACUUCAAGAGACGAAAUUUCACCGUAGAAAUCUCUGAGGAUAAAAAUGUUCGGUUAAUCUUCAACGGCCAGGUACUACGGGAGGAUACGCAAACAUUGCGUAGCUAUGGAAUAUUUGAUAAAUGCGUAGUCCACUGUUUAAUCCACCAGCAGAGUAACCAGACCGCCCCGCCCCCACCUAGACAAGAACAGGAUGAAAUAGAGGAGGAUUUAGAUAUGUCGGAGCUGUUCAUCCCUAUCCUAGGAGUAGGACUUAUAUUCCUGUGGUACACUGCAUUUACAUAUUCAAACUACUUCAAUCUAAUGUCGUCAACUGCUCUUCUAGGUUUAUCUUCAAUAUUUCUCCUCUCCGUGUACGGAACCAACUUCCAUGUGAAUGUUGCUGUCGGGGCAAGAGAAUAAAUAACUAGGAAAAUGUGAUUCUUAUUCAAUUCUGUGUAAAUUGUACAGUGUCUACCGUACGUAAAACUGUACAUCUGUACAGAAAACUGUCCAGUGUACACCGUACAGAAAACAGUAUUUACCGAGCUGUACAUUGUGUACCCUUCGUACAAUUUCCACAGGAUAAGUAAAUUUUGUUAAUGUUUGUAAUGUACCAGAGAAAUUCUUUCUGAGCAUUUAUUGUUUUGAUAAUAAUUAAUCAUAAUGUGGAUAGAAGGGUAUUCAUAUUUCAUUUUUAAUCCCGCUUUUUGAAAAUUAUUGUAAAGCAUCGAUUUUUCGAACAAUUAGGAAAAUGGGGAAAAUUUUACUGAUUUUGAGAAGAAACGAAGAAACAUGCGAAAAAUAGAAGAAAAAAAUUGUUAUUUAACGUCUGAUUAUUUAUUUUCGCUCUCAAAUAUUAAGGGAUUUAAAUAAAUAUUAUAUCCUUGUGCGGUGAAUAUGUUUAGAUGUUAAUGUCUGUGGUAUUCCCAAAAAUCGAUAAUAUAUAUAUAUCUUAUCUUUUCCGAGGGGGGACAAUAUUAUUGGUUAGAUCGUAUUGGUUUGCUUGAAAGUACAAAGUUUAUUUCCUUCAUAAUAUUAAUAGUAUAGAAAUAUAUCGUUCAUUUAUA